ACAAACAAUAUGGCGGCACCCAGCAAUUCUUUCAUGCUUUCACUUGCAAUGCUAUCGUAACCUUGCGUUUGCAUAAAGCCAACACAGUUUCGAAUGACCUGCAUUGAAAAACGAUCAAUGGAGACCUAGUGUUUUCACAUGUAAACGUGUAAUUUGCUGCCGCUAGCCAUACAAUGUCGAGUGGAGUCAUAUUCUUGCCCGCAGUGAAACCAGCGUUCGCUCGCGCUGGGUUUUCGUCAAAGAUUAAACGAUCGUUGACUACCUGGUCACGUCUGGCUUCGCGUUUCAAUAGCAUUGGUAAAAGGAGACCCAACUUUCAAUUCGGAUUCGGCGAACGUUCGGGUCUGUUCGGCCAUUCGGUGCUACAAGAGCCAUCGGGUUUCUACCUCUUGAAAGAUGAGGCUGUCAGCGAUGCCGAGAAGUAUGUCAGAGAGGCCACAGACCCCAAUCGGAGGCGUAAAAUGGUUCAGGUUUUCGACGACCUGUCGGAUGCUCUCUGCCGCGUGGCAGACAUGGCCGAAUUUGUCCGGAUCGGUCAUCCAGAGACAAGGUUUUCCUCAGCAGCAAUGGAUGCAUCUGUUUCCAUCAACAAUCUUGUUGAGAAACUAAACACAGACAGGAGGUUGUACAAUGCACUUAGGCAGGUGGUUCAAAAGGGGGACGUUGUUCCAACAACUGAGGAGGACGACCAUGUGUCCAAACUUUUUCUGUUUGAUUUUGAACAGAGUGGCAUUCACCUGGACGAGGCCACGCGCAAGGAAGUUGUUGCACUCAACGACUAUGCCCUUCAUGUGGGGAGCAACUUUGCCAACAACGCUUUGCAGCCCCGUUCGGUGAAGAAGACAGAUCUUCCAGAAAGCGUUCGUGGCUGCUUUGCCAGUGAUGGAGAGCAUGUCAUUGUUCCUGGCCUCUACACAGAUGCUAACAAUGAGCUGGUGCGAGAGGCUGCGUACCGUGCCUACCUCUAUCCAGACGAACACCAGAGCCAACUGUUGGACGAGCUCUUGGGGGCGCGGCAUCGUCUCGCGCAGUUGUGUGGGUUCCCCAGCUUCGCGCAUCGUGUCCUGCGUGGCAGCAUUGCAGGCAGCCCCGAUGUUGUCGAACAGUUCUUGGGCAUCCUCUCGUCUGAACUGAAGCCCAGGGCAGACAAUGAUUACAAGGAGAUGCUGGACAUGAAGACAUCUGGUAGCGGCACUAAAAGUGUGCUUCAAGCCUGGGAUGUCCCCUAUUACACGUUCUGUGCACGACAAGCAAAGUUCCAGCUGAAGGCUUCUGACUAUGCCCCAUACUUCUCUCUUGGCUGUUGUAUGGAUGGCUUGAAUGAGAUCUUCCGUGCUCUGUAUGGUGUCUACCUCGAGACUGAGGACGUCAAGGCUGGGGAGGUUUGGCACGCAGAUGUCGUCAAGCUGGCGGUGAAAGAGGAGGAGGGAGGCACUCUCCUGGGCCACAUCUACUGCGACUUCUUUGAGCGGCAGGAGAAGCCGAACCAGGACUGCCACUUCACCAUCCAGGGUGGACGGGUGCGGCCAGAUGGAUCCUACCAGCUUCCAGUAGUGGUGCUGAUGCUUAACCUGGCCAGUGCGCCGUGGGGGUCACCUCCACUGCUGAGUCCAUCGUCCCUGGACAACCUCUUCCACGAGAUGGGCCAUGCCAUGCACUCGAUGCUGGCUCGCACCCGCUACCAGCAUGUCACGGGCACACGCUGCGCCACCGACCUGGCCGAAGUGCCUUCCAUCCUCAUGGAGUACUUCUCCUCCGACCCUAGGGUGGUGUCGACAUUUGCCCGCCACUACCAGACUGGUGAGCCCAUGCCUUACGCCAUGGCGCUGUCCCUGCGUCAGAUGCGCUACCACUUUGCGGCCAGCGAGACGCAGCUGCAGGUGUUCUACGCAUUGCUCGAUCAGAGGUACCACGCACAUCACCCUCUCGGCAAGAGCACCACCGAAGUGCUGGCUGAGCUGCAAGGACAACACUAUGGCGUUCCGUACGUGCCCAACACGGCGUGGCAACUGCGAUUUGGCCACCUGGUGGGCUAUGGGGCCAAGUACUACGCUUAUCUCAUGUCUCGUGCUGUUGCUGCGUGGACCUGGCACGAACUGUUUCGCGAAGACCCCUUCCGACGGGCAGCGGGCGAGCGUUACCGGCGCGAGCUGCUCUCACACGGCGGCGCAAAGCCUGCACACCAACUAGUCAGCGAUUUUCUCUCGAAAGAGGUCACACCAGAGAGUCUAGCAUCUGUGCUCAUCGCAGAUAUUGACGCAGGCCUCACCUGAAGCCAUCUCGCCUUUGCCCAGCUUCCAGCAAAACACUCUAGCUUAAGUGUGGCAUCUCUGUUCUUCUCUUAGGGCUAGGAGUCAUCCGCCAUUUUUCAUCUGUGAUUUCAGUCUAACCUGUACAGUCAAACAUAAAUGAUAGCUCAUCCU